CAGUCGAGUUUUUGUGAGUCGAAGGAGGCGCGUCGGCGGUGUCAGUGCGCAGACGACUACGCGACUGUCGACACGUUGUUUUUGCUCUUUGUGGAUAUUUUUCUACCGCAUUCUCUCGCUACGCAGGACGGAGACACACGCAAACGAGUGACCCACAAGGUGACCCAGGCGCUGUCGCUUUAAAGCGAACACCUCCCCCUCCCCCGAAUAUUGGAGCCCCCCCAGUCGCCCGGAUAACAUGGACGGAUUCUACGACCAGCAAGUCCCAUUUAUGGUCCCACCCAGUCACAAGUCUCACGUGGAGGAAUCGUCUCACAGCAGGCCACUCGCCGACAGGAAAAGGAAAUUUGUGGACACAGAACUCGCCCAGGACACAGAAGAACUCUUCCAGGACCUCAGUCAGCUCCAAGAGAUCUGGAUUGCAGAAGCCCAGGUGCCUGAUGACGAACAGUUCGUCCCAGAUUUCCAGUCAGAUAGCUUGAUGUUUCAUGGCCCGCCACCAGCCAAGAUCAAACGAGAGCUGACUCGCUCCAAAGAGCUCUCUCCCUGUCGCCAGGACAGGAGUCCCAUGCCCUACGGAGAGAAGUGCCUUUACAGCUACAGUGCCUGCGACAGGAAGCCCACUCCAGGGUUCAAGCCAUUAACCCCCCCCUCAACGCCAGUCUCUCCUUGCGGCCCCACUAGCACAGCAGGAUCGCACCCACUGAGUGAGCGGACUCCCCCUCCUCACCCCCAUGUAGCCAAUCCCACCCCGGGGCCGCGUCCGGUGCACGUACAACAGCCUAUAACAGUGAGCGUAGGUCCUCCUAACCAGCAAGCACUCCCGGUCCACAGCCACAGCCACAGCCCGCCCUUCGCCGUGCCCUGUGCACCCAUCAGCCAGGAUGCCAACAACUUCACACCUGAGCACAGGUUCCAGAGGCAGAUGUCAGAGCCAUGUCUACCUUUCCCCCCAUCAGAGAGUCAAGUGCGCCCCCGGUUUCUGCCCCAGCCUCCCAGCGGCAACAACAACAGUCUGCCACGCGACGGGCGGCCACCGUACCACCGGCAGAUGUCGGAGCCACUGGUGGCCGUGCCUCCCCAGGGUUUCAAGCAAGAGCUCAUUGACCCACGAUAUACCGAGCAGGGCGUUCCCACCAUGGGACCCCCAGGUACACACCCGGGCCCUCCAGGUCAGGCUGCUUUCCACCCCAUGGCCAUCAAGCAGGAGCCCCGUGACUUCUGCUUUGAUUCUGAAGUGCCUAACUGUCAGUCAUCCUUCGGGAGAGCGGGGAGCUUCUACCAAAAUAACCAUGAAAGCUUCUCCUUUGACAGAGAUCCCCAGCUAUUCUUUGAUGAUACCUGUGUGGUCCCCGAAAGAUUAGAAGGCAAAGUGAAACAGGAACCCUCUGUCUAUCGCGACGGUCCUCCCUACCAGCGCCGCGGCUCCCUGCAGCUCUGGCAGUUCCUGGUCACUUUGCUGGAUGACCCGGCCAACGGCCACUUCAUAGCCUGGACUGGUCGUGGCAUGGAGUUCAAGCUCAUCGAGCCUGAGGAGGUUGCUCGUCGCUGGGGCAUCCAGAAGAACAGACCGGCGAUGAACUACGACAAGCUGAGCCGCUCGCUGCGUUACUACUACGAGAAGGGCAUCAUGCAGAAGGUAAAGGUGGCUGGAGAGAGGUACGUGUACAAGUUCGUGUGUGACCCCGAGGCUCUCUUCUCGAUGGCCUUCCCCGACAACCAGAGGCCCAACCUGAAGGCCGACCCGGACAGCCUGCCGGGGCUGGACGACGACACCGUGCCCCUCACCCAUUACGACGAAACCGCUCCCUACCUGCUGGACGCUGGGGAGCAGUGUGUGGCAGGCCUGCCCUUCCCAGACGGCUACGGCUACUAGCAAGCCGCGGGGUCCUGACGCACGACACACACGUACACGCAAACACUCCCAAAGUCUCUCGACGCCCACUCUUAAAAUCCAGAGCUGGACCUGCUGAGCCGCUUGGAAGGGAAACCUUGCGCUCUGCUCCCUUAUGGUUCCCUCUCCUGCUCCCUGGAAAACCUUCAUAAAACUCUGUAAGCUCCCCAGCUAAGAAAGAAUGAGGGAAAAACCUGCGACAGCUCUUCUACUGCAACAUCGUAUGAACGAGGGAGAGAGAGGAAGGGAGAGGCUUGUGAAAACCGGCGAGGGUGAACUGGACUCGGUAGCUCUGCCCACCUUACAAGCUUCCCAAAGUACGGCAAGGGGGUGCUGUUGCUAUGGAGACCAAACAAAGCGCGGCCACUGCCCGCUAACUUUAAAUGAACCGACAGCCCCCCCCACUUUGUACAAGACUGCAAGAGUUGUUACGUUUCCGGUUUUGUGACAAUCUGCUUUUCUUAGAAACAAUCGAAUAACCAACAGAGUAAAAUCAUUGAAAAUCUAAUGAGAUAUUCGAAAUGCAGCAUUAUUCUAUAGUUGCCUUUUUGGGUCCCCCCCCAUUUCCAUGUCACCACGUCUGAACUACAAAUCCGUGAAAGGGCUUUAAUUUGCAGAAACGGAUCAACAAAACACACUACAUAUUCUAAACCCACAAAUUGGCUUGUUUUCUGUAGAUAGGAAUACUUUUUUUUUCUUUUCUUUUCUUUUCUUUAUUUGUAUUAAGCCAGCUGUUCUACAGUUUUGUUGAGACUUUUGAGACCCAGAACUCUCAGGUUUCUGGGGCGUUGCUGUAUUUCAGGCUAGUUGUUUGGGCUGCUCUCUUGUGUAAAUGUUAAUGUUCUUUAAUCGUUCUGCCCUCGUAAGAGAUUGUAUCUGCUUCCCUUUAGAGACUGCACCCCACAAUAGGAGCCCACAGUCUGUACAGUACACUCCUCUCAUCUCUGUUCAUCGCUGCUGGGUCUUGUAAUCGCUCAAGUUUAGAGAUGGUUAGCACUCCCAGCUCAUCCAUUUCAAAAGGGAUACGUAACACAAGUACAUAUUUUCCCAGAAAGCGUUGGUAAUUCAUAAAAGCCUAAGAAUUUAUUCUGUACGAUAACUGGUCACAUUGCUCCUUUUAUUUUAUUUUUUUGUUGUUUUUUUUUGGUUUUUUUUGUAUUUCUGUCUGGGUGCUUAAUGUUUCCUUGGCACUGUACUAGUUCCUCUGAUGCACCAGUAUGGCAGGAGCAUCAGGAUGUUGCAUGCAAAAAAAAAAAAUUAAAAAAUAAAAAUAAAAAAAAGAAGAAGAAGAAAGGGGUGAAAUUUUGACACCUUCUUUUGGACACAUCUCUGCCAAUCACAAGCUGUCAACAGGAGACCUCUGCUUCUCUUUGCAUGGUGUAAUCAGUCGAGACUGUGUGUCCACUAACAUAUCGCUUUACUGUCUUUGGACAAAGAAGAUAUUUGUGAUAUUCUCUGCAUUUUUUUUUGUGUGUUCAUUAUCUCUGUUUCUGAAUGGGGGCAAAGACAAACUUAUAUAAAGUAUAUAUUUUUGCUAUAAGGCUGCAUUUGUUUUGAUUUUAAUGUAUAAGCUGUAUAGUUCUGGCUCUAAUAGACAUGUACCUUUUUAAAAACCAAUCUCGAUACUUACGAUGCUACUACUGCAGACUGUUUCUUUAAGAGGCCUCUGUAUUGGGAUGGAGAAUGGAUGAAAAGAUGUUAUUAUCAUGCCUGUAGAGGUGUGUGUGUGUGUGUGUGUGUGUGUGUGUGUGUGUGUGUGUGUGUGUGUGUGUGUGUGUGUGUGUGUGUGUGUGUGUGUGUGUGUGUGUGUGUAAAGGCCAGAGUUCCAGCAAAGGCCACAGUGAGGACACACAUCAUUGUGGGAUCCACCCCAGGCACAAGGGUUGUCUGCACUUGUAUAGGCUUCAAUCCACUCCCCUCACAAUGUGUUUCUUACACUGCUGAGUUUAUAAUAAUCUGUACUGGGUACAAUAAACGGUCCUCUAUGCUUCA